GUCAAUGCCGUUUCGUCACUCAACAAAUAUUUUGGUUCUUCCUCGUCACCUCUUACCACUGCAUGCAAUGCAACGUUAUUCGUUGCUAUUGUUGUGAAAUGCUCGCGAUUAAAACGUGUGCAUUCAAGUAAUGGCUUCGUCCGGAGCUGGGUCAGCUGUGUCGUACAACGAUGUGGCGAGCAAACUACUCAAAGAUAAGUUAUUGCUCACUGCUCUUGAACUGCACACUGAAUUAUUGGAGUCUGGUAAGGAAGUCAAGGAGCUGAAGGACUUUUUCUCCAAUCCAGGCAACUUCGAGUCUCAAACUCAGGAUGUAUCAUCUAGAAUAUCCCGAUCUGGGAGUCAAACCACUUUGGACAGCUUGGAUUUUACAAGAUUCUCUGAAGAUGGUGAGAGGAGUGCUGAUGAUAGAAUUGCAGUAUUAGAAUUUGAGUUGAGGAAGGCUAAGGAGACCAUCACAGCAUUGAGAAACAAUCUUACAGUUGCCACAGAGUCUGAAAAUAAGUCGCCUGAUAAAGCAAGCCUGAAGCUAAUUAACAAUGAUAUCAAGCCACAUGAACAAAGAGCUUUAAACUUUUUAAUUAAUGAGUAUUUAUUGUUGCAUGGUUAUAAAUUAACAUCUAUCACGUUUGCGGACGAAAACGAAAAUCAGGAUUUUGAAGAUUGGGAUGAUGUGGGUUUAAAUAUUGCCAAACCAGCAGAGUUGUUGAGUUUGUACAGAGAGGGACUUAAACAAACUGGCUGUAAUUUAACAACAAUAUCAAUACAAACAGAUAUCAAGGAUGUGGAAUUGGAGACGAAAAUAGUCAGCCUUAACAAAGAUAUAGAGUUAUUAAAUAGAAAACUAGCAUCAGUAGAGACCGAGCUUGAAUCUAUGCGCGAAGAAAACUUAAAUCUCACGAGACAAGUAGAAUCUAGUCAAAAAACGACGCCGCCCCAAGAAGCGUGUAGUAAAACCUCGACAAUUGGUAGCGAAUCUCCCGAACAUUUCGAAAUGUUGGAUAAAGCAUUAUCUGAAGCUGAUAAUGUUUCCAACACGAGCAUAAAUGCGGAAUGGACGCGUGUUAAUAAAACCGACGUGGACUACAACAAAAAGAACGAAUCAUUUACGUUCAUUAAUAAAGCAAAGUCAGAGCGGUUCAAAAACGAACUUCUGAACAUGUGUCCGGUGAAAGCCCCAAUCGACAAUGAAAUAUUGCUCAACACUCUUUCACAUGGCAGCAAUAUCGAGAGCUUAGUGCAAGUUGCAUCCGAAUCAUUACUUCGAAUCAUUCCGAAUAUUAUCUUAAACAAACGCGAAGAAGCCAUUCCAUUGCUAAUCUGCACGAUAAAUUUGAAUCAAGUCUCGCCUACGAGAGAAAAACUACUGCAACAGUUGUUCAAUCUGAAGAAAAAGCCAUCCGAAGGUGAAAGAGCGUUGAUUCUUAAUGGAAUUCUAGGAGUUGCCAAAUGUUGUCCGGAAACCGUUGUUGAAAACGAAAUUUUACCCUUGUGUUGGGAACAAUUGACACAUAAACACGUCGAAAGGCGAUUCCUGGUAGUUGAAUCAUGUCGUAUUCUGAUUCCGUACGUUUCCGGUCCGAUUCGAAAUUCUUUGAUGCUUUCAAUGCUGCAACAAAUGCUCGACGACAAAGAGGAAUCUGUCAGAGAAGAAGUUAUUAAAGUACUGGCACUCUUAGUUGGUUUUUGUGAAGAUGUCGACAAAUACAACCAGUGUGAAGAGUUGGCUUUCAAUACUCUGAAGGAUAGUAGUGAGAAAGUAGCCAAAAUGGCGGUCGAAUUACUGUUUCCAAUCGUUGCAAAGUGGAGCUUUGAUAUUGGGCGCCUGCGAAGCGAAUUAAUUAAGAAUCUGCUGCAGCGGAUCAACGAUGCGCUGAAGAACAUGAAGGAUGAAUCUCCGAAUAAACAUAAAUUAUUCCCCGAUGUGAUAUUAAGAGUCAUUGGCGUGCUUAACACGCUGCUUCCGUUUCUGUUGAUUAGCGUGGCGAACAAUUCGGUCGUGCUGGAUCGAAUCGAGAAGGACAUGAUUAUUGAUUUAAGGCCUGAAUUAUUGAGCAUCUGCACGAACAUGACAAAUCCGAACAACUUUUACACGAGCAGUUUUAGCGUGGGCAUGAUUCUCUACGAAUUUGAUAAAUUAUUUGAGCAGAACAACGAGUACACUUGGCCGGAACUUGAGUGGCUUACAGAUACGGUUUUCCCAGACUUAUUAAACAGCUUGAAUUUGAUUGAUAUCACUCAACAUGAAAUACUACAAAGUUUUAUGGAUUUGUUUUCAAACAUAUGCAUCGUUUUUGGGCGAAAUUUUACAAUGCGAAGAAUACGCCCAUUGCUACAGACCCAGGUGCAAAGUUUGGAAGCAAUUCUACCAAGCUUCAACCAAUACUCGCCCAGUCUUAACAUAAUCCCGGUGUACGUCGUAUCGGUAUUGAGUUAUUGUGACACCGAGGAAGCUGAAGCUGUACUCAGUCGUUUUGUGUGUGCUAUGCCACUGUUUGGGGCGCCUUUGGACUGCCUUGAAAUAACUGUUCGGGGUUUAUGCAAAAUGGAGUUACAGGAGUUGGUAUUGAAUAGUUUGUGGCAAGGAGUUGUACAUCAAAGGCCUCUCGUUCGUGGCGUCACUGCUGGGUUGUUUGCGACAAUUAUCGGCGCUUGUAACGAAGGAUUGUUGAACGUUAAAGUUACUCCGGCUCUUGUUACACUUGCUAAUGACACGGAUAUGUUGGUGCGUACAGCAACAGUUCCUGCUCUAGGCUCGCUAAUCACCGACUGCACACUGCAAGAAUUACACGACAAAGCAUACAUGCAGCUGCAAAUGUUUCUCUCUGAUCCAGCGACGCAGGACAAUCACACACUAUUGCGUCAGAUGGUAGUCACCAUGGGCAAUAUCGUUUGUUAUUGUAAACCGUCCUUCAGGCAGGAUGUGAUCCUCCCACAGCUGUCAGCUAUAUCUAACCAGAUGGCGCAGGUGUCGAAUCAAUCGCGGAAAAUCGACAUGGCCGUCGCACUCAUUGAAUCAUACCCUAAUAUUAUUUACAGUCAGUUUAACAAUAACAUUGUGAGUAAUAUAGUACUACCAGGAUUGAGGUGUUUGGAACAGGCGAUUAAUGAGAAUCCCACCUUAAAUACGCACAAAGACGCUGUUAAUUCAAUGAUCAAAGAGUGCGAGAAUCGCUACGACCUCAGCUCUCCGAGCACGGAGAAAAUGCCGAGUAGCGCAAGCAAAAUCACGCAAAACGUCAAUCAGAGCGUCGAGGAAAUGAAACAACGUAUGAGCAAGAUGUUCAACAAGCCACCUGGUUCUGCAAAACAGAAUCUCUCCACGCUUCAAGGAUUCUUCAAGAAGAAAUGAGUCUAACAUUAUAGUAUUCUUUUAACGCGUAUUUUAUAGGCUCCCACAGUGCCUUAAUGAUGGCAAUUCGCGCACAUUACAUUCUACAAAUUUUAUUGGUUGUGUUAUAAGUUUUACCGAGUUGAUGUCGGACGCUAGGAAUAUGUUUCUUAACAAAUCGUACUUAUUUAAUCGAAUCAAAAAUCAUGUUAUAAGCAUCUAUGAGAAAAUAUAUAUGUUACGUUAA